AGCCAAAGGGCCCAACAUUUCACGCCAUAAACCCCCUUAAAAUCCUCCUUUCUUCCACUUUCCCUUUGAACCGUUCACCUCCCACAACCGCCCAUAUCCAUGGCCACCACCUUCACACAUGCACUCCUUCUCCUCCUCCUCCACCUCUCCUCCGCCGCCGCCGCCGCCUCCAACAUCCACGACCUCCUCAAGAGCCGCGGCCUCCCCGCCGGCCUCUUCCCCAAGAACGUCGUCAAAUCCUACGACCUCGACGACUACGGCCACCUCCAAGUCUACCUGGAAACCCCCUGCGUCGCCAAAUUCGAGACCCGCGUCUUCUUCGACAGCGUCGUCCGCGCCAACCUCAGCUACGGCGGCCUCAUCGGCGUCCAGGGCCUCUCCCAGGAAGAGCUCUUCUUGUGGCUCCCCGUCAAGGACAUCAUCGUCUACGAUCCAUCUUCCGGUCUCAUCCUCUUCGACAUUGGCCUCGCUCACAAACAGCUCUCCCUUUCCCUCUUUGAAGACCCUCCUGUUUGUAGCCCUCAAGAAAAUCAAAAUGCAGGGGUUUUGAUGGAGAAAGGUGGGAGGGAGGAGACUGGAUUUCAGGUUGAAAGAUUCAAAAGCUUUUCCUUUUCUGGAGCCUAAUGUGAUAUGAUGAUGAUGAACUGCAAACUCUGAUCUGGUGAUCUGAGUUCUUUUGUUUGUGUUGUGUGGGGCUGAAGCUGAAGCUUGAAAGAAAGAGAAAGUGGAGUGAGAUUCUGAUUUUAGGUUCUUAGGUUUGUAAAAAAAAAAAUAUUAUGGAAAUCUACUGACUAGAAAAAAAAAAAGUUUUGGAGAAGAAACAAAAAAAAAAAAAAAAAAAAAAAAAAAAAAAAAAAAAAACAGUUUUGAAAAUUUUUCAUCAAAUGCUUUUUUGCUUAUUGGGUACUGAUGUUUGAGGAUGGCUACCACCACAAUAUCUGGUGUCUCCUUAAUAAGAAAGUGCACAUCUUUAUUCCAUUUCUUUUAUAAGUUGGAAGUCCGGAAACUAUAAUCAAGACAAAUUCACAACAUGUUAUUA